CUUUACACUGAAAAAGAUGAUCAUUUGCCGAUUGAGCCAACCACUCCUUCAUAGUGUUUCAACAUUUUGUUCUAUAUAUAACAGUGCUGAAAAACCUUGUAUAAAUCACUAUCUGCCCAGCACUAGCGGUUGCCAACACAAGUCAUUAGGGCAUUAACCAAUGACUACCACUGAAUCUUGUUCACUGCCCACUGUUCUACCUGAUCCUGUUUCUCUUCCUAAUUACCUACAAGAAGAGGGUCACAAGCAACAAUGCGAGGAACUAAUAUCCUCAAUGCCAACUGAAAAAGAUUGCUACUGUCAAGCCAGCAAGGCAAUAACAGUGCCCACACUUGAACCUUGUUCUUUGUCCAACGAUCUACCUCCUGUUUCUCUUCCCAAAUACCUGCAAGUAGAGGGUCUCACUCAAGAAUGCAGGCAGCUUAUACUCUCACUACCAACUGAGAAAGGUUGGGUUGCAAGCCAUCUCCAUCAGUAUCAGGGUUUUUGGCACAAUACUCGUCAGUUACAAGGAGUUCUGACGUGCCAAAAUCACUUUCAAGCUCAGGAUCCUGAUGUCCUCCUUGUUACCACUCCCAAAUCAGGAACAACCUGGUUAAAGGCCAUUGUUUUUGCCUUGAUGAACCGAGUCCAAUAUCCUAACCCCGAAAACCACCCUUUACUGGCAGAGAAUCCUCACGUUCUUGUGCCAUUUUUGGAGCUCGGGCUCUACAUUGAUAGCCAGGUUGCUGACCUCACCACCUUUACUUCUCCAAGGCUAUUUGGCACUCACUUACCCAUUAAUUCUUUGCCAGAUUCUGUGAAGAACUCGGCUUGUAAGCUUGUGUAUUUAUGCAGGAACCCAAAGGAUACUUUCGUAUCACUUUGGCACUUCACAAACAAGCUGAGAAUCAACAAUAUGGGUGACAAUUCUCUUGAAGAGACCUUCGAUAAGUUUAGCAGAGGUGUGAGUUUGUGUGGACCCUUUUGGGACCAUGUUUUGGGGUAUUGGAAAGAAAGCUUAGAAAAGCCGCAAAGGGUCUUGUUCUUGAAGUACGAGGAAAUAAAAGAGCAGCCCAAAGCACAGUUGAUGAGGCUAGCUCAGUUCCUGGGACGCCCAUUUACCCCAGAAGAAGAAACGAGUGGUGCGGUGGAUGGUAUAUUGAAGCUAUGCAGCUUCGAUAAUUUGAGCAAUUUGGAGGUGAACAAAACUAGGAAGUUAUCCUCCGGUGAGGAUUGCAAGGCAUUUUUUAGGCGAGGUGAGGUUGGAGAUGCUAAAAAUCAUUUGACUCCUCAUAUGAUGGAAAAGCUAGACCAAAUUACUGAAGAGAAGUUGCAUGGCUUUGGGUUAACGUUUUAG